AAUGAAGUUGACUGUAGGUUUACCAAUCCCUCGAGUUAAUCGGAAGGUGAUGAAGGGACUGGCCACUAAGCGAACAGCUGUUGGCCAGCAUCGACUCAUACCCGAUAACACGCGAGUUGUGCUGAAAGCAAGAGGUAGCCGCUGCAGCACAUCAGCAAGGACACAGGAGAGGACAACAGUAGAUCCUUGUGACAACUCUAAUGAUUCUGGACUUGGGUUCGACCAUCAUCUGGAGUUCCAGCUAGCAGCGAGGUCAACUGUGAGAUUUGCAGACCAGGAGGCUUCCUGGGUCAAUGAGCAUUCUGAAGUAAAGCGCAAGAAGCUGGAGAUCAAACUGGAGUCUGAUGAUGCAAAUGACAAUUUCAGUUUUCCAGAAGCAAUGAGCAGAAGAGACAAAAGAGGGGACGAAACUGAAAGAUUGGCACCAAAGACUGGAGAAGCUCUUGGGCAUGCAGAGACACCCCCAGUAGCAGUGACCCGGUCACAAGGCCGCCCCCAAGCCGUAGUCAACCGACGCUGUGCAGGAGUAUCCUUGGCAUCAAAUCUGCUGGGCUUGAGCAGUGAUGGCAAGGCACAAUUGCAGAUCUUGUGCCAGCCAGAGCAGCAGCAUCGAGCCCGGUAUCAGACAGAAGGAAGCCGAGGUGCAGUCAAGGACCGCAGUGGGAAUGGUUUCCCAGUAGUGAAGUUAGUGGGCUACAAUAAGCCAGCCACAUUGCAGGUUUUCAUUGGAACAGAUGUGGGACGUGUUGCUCCACACAUGUUUUACCAAGCAUGCCGUGUCAGUGGCAAGAACUCGACGCCAUGCACGGAGAGAAAGAUCGAUGGCACCAUUGUCAUUGAAGUGGACUUCGACCCAGCAAAGGACAUGAUCGUAACGUGUGAUUGUGUUGGUAUCUUGAAGGAGCGUAAUGUGGAUGUAGAGCACAGGUUCCCAGAUCAGUCAGGAUCACGUAACAAGAAGAAGUCGACACGGUGCCGCAUGGUCUUCCGUACCACAAUAACCCACCCAGAUGGCACCACAGAGGUCUUGCAGACAACCUCGCAGCCUAUUGUUUGCAGUAAGAUAGACAUGGUACCAUCUCAGUGUGAGAGUGCAUUGUGAAAGUAAGUANCAUGCAUUUGUACAGGAGGCAUGGAGCUGUUUAUUCUGGGCAAGAACUUCCUGAAGGAUACAAGAGUGGUAUUUCAGCAUGGUGAUGCAUUAUCGGAGACACCUUGGGAGGAGUCUGUCCAGCCAGACAAAGAAUUCCUCCAGCAGACUCAUCUGGUGUGCGUGGUUCCUGCAUACCAGCAGGUGGACUUAACAGAGCCAGUCACAGUAAGGCUUUUGGUGGUGUCAGGUGGCAAGACCAGUGAACCCCACACAUUCACCUAUACCCCCACAUUGCUGCCACCAGCUGUGGCUCCAGAAGGCAAGCAGUCUUGCGUUACGCUGGUACAGUCAGCAGUUUCUCACACAGGUGGAGAGGUGCCACAUAUGUUUGCCAGGUCAACCCUUAUGUCUGGAGCUGGACUUAUGCUGCCUGACACAGGACUCAACCCAAUUGUAGCUGCACCUGCAAAGUCCAGUCCCAAGAAGAGUCAUUAUCUGCCCAUUGAGCCAGACCCGAUUGAAGAGACAGAGGUCCACCCUGUUAUGAUGUGGCAGUCAUCAUCCCUGCUCCCUCCUCCAGACACCCAAAAACUGGAUAGCAAGGCUCUGGAACCAAAGGAACUGAAUCAAGUUCUGAGUGGGAAGAUCAUGCCUCCACCUCCACUGUUACCCAUCAGAACACGCAGAGCUUCCUCAAAUUUGCGACUGAUAGUGCCAGACACAGAUCCAACCUCUCUGAUGCCAGAAAAGAUGAAGACUGAGCUGGCAGAAGAAACCAACAGUCAGAGUCCUGAGGAUGUGAAGGGCAUUGAUCUACGCUUGAAGCCAGUAGCAACAUCAAAUCCGUUAGCAACUGUAGCUGAUCUGUCUAGCACACAGUCACCAACGAUGGCCACAUUCCGACAGUUUGUAACAGGGAGUACUAAUGUUCCUCUCCCAAACCAGAGUGCACAAAGUGUGGAGAAGUACUUGUCGAAUCUAGAACAUGCCACUGACACUGCUCUGGCUCCGAAAAGUAUCUCAGAUCGUAUUGCAUCAGCAUGCAAAAUAGCAAGUUCUGUUGCUCCCACAGCCUCUCAGAUUUGUUUGAACACACACCCUGGCAGUCCACACUUUGACUCAGCCUCAGCACUCUUCAGACAGCAGCAGUCUAACACUGCAGCAGGUGCUGUGGAUCCAAAGCUCCAGUAUGCAAGUGACUUAUCUGUGCCCUUGUUAUACAGUGCCAAGACAGCUGCCAAAAUGGCAGGGCAAGAGUGCAAACUUCAGGUUCCUGCCAAAGAGACAUCUCUGCUGCAACAGGCCACUGCAGCUCGACGCAAGUCCAUGUUUAAUGAUACAUUAGCCAUUACUCCCAGUGCUGAAACAUUACUUGGUGGAAGAAGACCCAUUGUGAUAAUACCGGAAUCUCAGAAUGUUGAAAAUGGGAUAUCAAGUGUCCAUUCCACUCCAGCUGAGUCCAUUGAUCAGAACAUACCAGUGAUGAGUACUGUGUCUAAGGCAUCAGCUCUUCUGCAGCAGAGAUCUGAACUGAUAUACAGCAGCCCUCAGAGACGUGCCAUGAGUUCUCUACUUCCUGCUUCAGUACAGUCCACAGAGACAGGCAUGCUGGACAGACUGUCCAAAGGGAAUAACACUGUAGGUAUAGUUGGUAGGGUCCAUGAUUCCCCAUUACUGUCCCCUCCUUCACCAUUGUUAGGUGACCAGAUGUUGGCAGUUACCCAGCCAUCCAUUAUUGUUUCUACACAAAAUGCAAGGUUAGAUGCAUUGAUCUCUUCAGCCAUGAACAAUCAUGUCUUGGGCCCAGAUAACCACAUUCAGUCUUCGAACACUGACAAAUUGGAUGCACUGGUGAAUUCUGCAGCUGCUAGCCACAUGAUACCAGCUCCAGUUACUGCUGCAGAUAACAUAAUGUUAAACAACCCUCUCCAGGCACCUCUUAGACAGCAAAGUGCUUCCUCGACAGACCAGAUGUCUCCGAUUUCUGUCAAGAAAAUGACAGAUACAGGUUUAGGGAGUUUUGAUAUCUUGCCAGCUCAGAAUUCCAACACUGAGAUUUCUCAGAGUACUCAGUUGCUGAACAGUGCUAUGUCAGCAGCCUUGAAUGAACAUCUGCUUGUCACACCCACUAAGGCUCAGGUCCAGACAGGAACUCAGCUAAGCACUGUGCCAUCCAGCCCUGAGAAUGCACUUUAUACUAAUCAUGAUCAGGCAUCUCCUACUGUCACAAAGAGCCAUAUCCUCAACUCUUCCAUUGCAACCACUGCUGAAGGCCAGAUCCUUGUUGCAAGUCCUACACAUACAACACCUGUCACUGUGAAGAGCAUGGUUCUGGAAUCACCAAAUACUUUGCCUCAUAAUGAUAUUCUGGCUUCCAGUUCAUCACCUAAUGCUCCUCUUGCGGUAAAGCAAAUGGUUGCUGCUGUAUCACCUGAAGGUCAGGUGCUCAUUGCUAGUCCUACCAGUGCACCCAUGGAAAACAUAAUGAAUUCAGCUAUUGCACAGCAGGGGAAUGGUCAAAUGAUUCUUACAGGCCCCACAUGUACUUCACCAGUGGCCAUGAAAACUAUGAUUUUUGAAUCUGCAGCAUCUGACCAAUGCUUGGUAAACCCAGUCCACACAUCACCUAUUGCAGUGAAGACCAUGAUUUUGAAGUCUCAGCUUUCGGGCAGUGUCGAUGAGGGCUUGGUGCCAAGAACAACAGCCCAGUCUGCACACAUGUCCACAGAGAGUGCCAGGCUUGAUGCACUGGUUCAGUCCACUCUUAAUGAGCAUGCCUUUGUGUCAAAUGAACCACAAAUGACAUCAGCACUGGAUGUUCAAACAGGAAAUGGCAUGACAAUUUUGACCCAUCAGGCACAUGUACAGCAGUCAUCUCAAGUCCCCUCCACAUCCCCACUCAUUUCACAUCCUUCAGCAUGCAUUACUACCCUCAUCACUCAGUCACCAGAACCCCCAUCUCACCUGCCAGUGCCAGCUGUAACAACAGAUGAUGCAUUAAUGAACACAAUAUUCACAACAAGCAGGGGUACCUCAGGCACAGACUCUUCUUUGCAAGCCCACAGUUUCAACAAGGAAGGGACUGUGAUGGUUGGAGAGGACUCCCAAACGCCAUGCUGUACUAGUGGCAGUGCCUUGCUCCAUGCCUCUCAGUUCACAACUGCAUCCUCGAACUCAGGAAGCUUAGUUACCGGGAUCACAAUGCCAUCUAAAAUGGCUGAACAACUGGCAGCACAGAGCAGGGAUAGUUCUUCAGGGUUUGUAACUCAGAUGCUGCUUGGUCUGGCAGCAGAUGAGAAGAUAAAGAAGGAUUCUGAUAUUGCACUAAUGUCCAGGGACAAGAUUACAGAGUCCCUGCAACAACAAGGAGAUUUCUCAAAAAGCAAGUUACCUGAAACAAGACUUUUUGCUGCACCUCAGAUGUUGAAAGCAGCAGUAGGAGAUCUGUUAAAAUCAGCAGUUGAAGAUGUACCAAGCUUGCACAGUCAGAGUCGGGUCACAACAGUAAGUGACUUGUUGAUUACUAAGCAGCAGUCACAGGAAGUGCAGGAGCAGGAGUGCAAGCAACAUCAGCUUUCUGUCACGCCACAGACCACAACAUGUGUGACCGUGAGCACUGCAACCACCCCUGGGCAACCACAAAAGAAGGCUGAAGAGGGAAUGGUACCGCAGGAGCUCACACAGAUGUCAGAGAAUGAUCUGCUGAGCUACAUUAACCCCAGUGCUUUUGACCAAGUGUGAAUGGUCGGAGUGGAACGGUUCUCAGCCAUAGUAUUACUACAUGAUGGGGCACACUUGUGGUUAGAUUCCAGAUGAAGGAUAAUUGCUUUUUGUUGCAAUAUUAUGUGUGUAGCUUUGUAUUACAGUAAUCUCAACUGUACAAUGGUGCCAGUACAACCUGAUACUAAUUAUGUAUAUUUUUAGUGGAUUUGGAGUUUGUAUAAGCCAGUUGUAGGACUGACAAAGUGUUAACAGGAUGCUGUACAGUGCAAGUAAUGAAGAGUUUAGUAAUGUACAGUCAUAGCUCAGAGACUUGUAGUGUUAGCGAAAAACAGUUUUUACAAAUGAAAUGGCUGCAUGAUAUGACUGGGAAUUUGGUCUCAAGGGACAAUGAAGGUUAGGUGUAGUGCGAACAGAACUGAUCCUUGCAAUGAAUGAAAAGGCUGACAGAGCUGAUUGCUUAGCACAAAUGAAGACCAAGCAGUUUCUCAUCUUUCAGUUUCCUUUGUUACUAGACUGAUAUUGUUUUAUUUAGUUCAGGUUUUGCUCAAUGUAUCUCAGUUGCUGUUGUAAGCAUUGUCAUUAAAGUAUAUAUUGUACAUAUACUGAGUGAAGUGAUAGGUGCAUAAAUGGUCACAUUGUGUUAUUGAUACAGCUUUCCUAUAAUGUUAAUCAGAUUAGACCAUAAAAAUGGUUGGUAUUUUUGUAAAUACUAAACCUUUAUUGUUGGUGCAGAAAUAUGUUUUAAUGACCACUGUGAUAGUUGGUCACCUUUGUUAAAUGUUGUAUUUUUGUUGAUGAAUGUAUAACAUAUUGAGUGUUGGUUGACUGCUAAAAUGUGUAAUACAUGUGUCUGUAUGGUACAUGUAUUUCUUAACUGUAAAGAUGGACUCAAACAGUGUACAAUAGCAAACGGAUAACACAGCACUGAAUCUGACUUUGAACAAUGUUGGGACCAUAUUAAUGCAUUCAUUAUCCACUGUAUGUUUCAUCCACACUGAAAAGAUUUCAUUUCCAAAUUAUAUUAAAUAUAGAAAAGAAUAAAACUGCAACAGACCAUCA